GUGCUACCGCAGCCCGUGGAAGGACGCCGUCAAGCACUGGGGCCAGCGCGUGGCGGCCUCUCGCCGGGCCGCCGCGGGACACGACCCCGGCGACCGGUUCCUGGAGCGCAAGACCGUCGGGAAGGGGACUCUGGUCAACUACGAGACGUGCUCGUCGGACUUCGUCCGCUGGGCCAGCCAACAAGCCCCACCCCGGGCACUGGCCCCGCUCGAGCAGCUGGACGCCAGCCUCUCCGCGUACUUUGACUUUCUCUUCUUCGACGGCUGUGAGCCGUGGGCUGGUCGGCACACCUUGUUCGGCUACGCCCGCCUGCAUGGCAUCGUUGCGCCCUCGCGCAACCUGCCACAUGCUGUGAAAGCUCUGGUGGGCUGGGUGAAAGCCUGCCCAGAGCUCAGCCGUGACCCGUGCCCUUGGGAGGUGUUCGCCGCGAUCGCCGACCACUGGCUCGAGCUGGGCACGACCGAGUCCAUCCUUGCCGCCGCCUGCGGCGCCUUGCAGUUCGACACCUACCUUCGCCCAGCGGCCGCGGUCAGCCUGUCCCUCGAGCACGUGGUGUUGCCCUCAGGUAGGGCUGGCGACCGCUAUGACAAGGUGGCGCUGAUCGUUGCCCCUUCGAGUGGCCCAGCGCCUCGGCCCAACAAGAAUCAGCAGUUUGACGACACCGUGAUGGUUGGGUCUAUCGACCCAUCUCGUGGUUGGCUUCGGCAACUUGUUCGACAGCUCGUUGCCAGAGCCCGUGCACGUCGUACUCAGCGCCUGUUCAACGAGCUCCAGCUGUCCUCCUACGAGCGCCUGUUCCGCGAGGCCAGCCACCGACUAGGGCUGGCAGCGCUGAAGGUGUCGCCGCACACGCUGCGACACGGUGGCCCGUCUCUCGACUACUUGAACGGCCUUGCCACGCCCCCUGUGCUGAAGAAGCGCGGGGGCUGGUUCAGCGACCGCUCCGUGGCAAGGUACGGCAAGGAGGGGCGACUCUUGAGGCAGAUCAGCCGCCUUUCGCCUGCACAGCAGCAGCAGUUCAAGCGUGCCGCCAGCCGCCUCAGACAGAAGCUGCUCUGCGCCACGGGA